CCUCCAGGGCUGCACCUGGCCACUGGGGGUUAGAGGCAGCGACUGGGUGGCUCACACGUCCUCCCUGCUCGGUGACAUGUCUCUGCUUCCUGUUUCUCCCCCAUCAAGGGCAGUUUCGGUCUCAGCUUCAAAGAACAAACACACACUCAAAACAAAGGAAGACAGUCCUUGACUGCAGAGGAAGCAGGAAGCUGCCGGCCCUGCUCGGAGCCCAGCUGCCUGCAGGAGCUUGGGGACAGCGGGAUGGAGUCCGUGGCCCUGUACAGUUUCCAGGCCACGGAGAGCGACGAGCUGGCCUUCAACAAGGGGGACACACUCAAGAUCCUGAACAUGGAAGACGACCAGAACUGGUACAAGGCUGAGCUCCGGGGUGCUGAGGGCUUCAUCCCCAAGAACUACAUCCGGGUCAAGCCCCACCCGUGGUACUCGGGCAGGAUUUCCCGGCAGCUGGCGGAGGAGAUUCUGAUGAAGCGGAACCAUCUGGGAGCCUUCUUGAUCCGGGAGAGUGAGAGCUCUCCUGGGGAGUUCUCCAUCUCUGUGAACCUCCUCUAUGACAUGGAGAAGACCAUGGUCCCUGACGCUGUGAAGUCCAGUAACCCAGGGGCCAUCCGGGAAAGUCUGGCAGAUUGCCCCGCAGAUUGGGUCUUUGCCCAGGCCCAGUUCGACUUCUCAGCCCAGGACCCUUCACAGCUCAGCUUCCGCCGCGGGGACAUCAUCGAGAUCCUGGAGCGCCCAGACCCUCACUGGUGGAGGGGCCAGUCCUGUGGGCGUGUUGGCUUCUUCCCACGGAGCUACGUCCAGCCGGUGCAUCUGUGACCUCACGGGCGGCCGCAGAGCCGGCAGCCCCUUUGGCCGAGAGGUCUUUUUGCAGGAACUGGGGUCCAGAGAGAAGACGUGGACAACCCCACUCCAGGUCACACUGGGCUCAGCAGGAAGCCUUGCAUUGAACUUGGCCUCCUAACUGCCUUGUGCCUCUUCAUACAGAUUGGGACAGGCUCCCAGCACCCCAGAACUAACGACUGUGCUUAGAGACCAGGGUGCUCUUGAGGACUUCCUCUUGGCUGCCAGUUGUGUGGUGGCAUCAGGGGGCAGGGUCUCUGGAGGCCCCACCCACAUGCUACGGUCAAUGGCUCCAUUUCCUACGUGGCACAGACUGGGGGCUCAACCCAGAGAACCCUAGGCUUGGUGCGUGGGUUCACCUCGGGCAGACCACGGCUGGGCCUGUCUGCCUCUCCCUCAAAAGGCACUUGGAUUUGUACAGGUGGCUCAGCCCAGAGCACCUGGAGUUACUAGGUAAACAGGAGCUUCUCUGCAGCCCCACGACUCUGGGCUCCACCUGGGGCAUCUAGCCCCCAAAGAUGCUUUGGGGUGGUGCGAGAGGACCUGAGGACACGGGAAACAGCUGGAGGAGGUAAAAGGAAAGAAGUAGGUCCUCUUCAGUUGGCCUUGUGCACACAGACUAGCUCUGAAGAGCCAGGCCCUGGGCCCAGCCACAUAAGACACCUGGACUUCACGGGAUUAUGUUUGGGCAGGUUCUGCCUGGACCAGGGCCCCUGGCACUCUGGGAAGGCAGGGCAACCUGCAGGCCAGAUGGGAUGCUGGGGUUUGUUUGAUGCCCUACAGGACCAGAGUUGGCAGGCAGCCUAGGUAGGGGCCGUCCUGAGUGAAGAUGGAAUGGGCAGCCCCCAAGCAGAGCCUGUCCAGAGCCUGGGCACCUUUGGGAGCAGGAAAAUUGAAGUGGGACUUCGGAAGGCCCUGAAUCCCAGGCUGACGACGGAGGCACCAUGAGCAGGGGAGGGAGAGAGGAGGUUCCUUCCAUUCCCUGGAAGCAAACGGAGGGAGGAGCCCUGAGGCAGCUGUGGUCCCCUGGGGAGGGGUGCCUCCCAUGUUGUAGGCAGGUAAGGUUCUCCCUCCCUCCAGGGCUGGUCCAAGACCCUUCAAGCCCAAGACCCUGGCAAACCCCACUGCUCCUGACCUGGACCUGUGUAUUCAAAAUAAAGACCCUGAAACCAA